GGGCACGGCGGGGCUGUGCGCAGUGCGGGCUCCGGGAGUUCGGCUAUAACGGAACGAUACCGAGUGUCCGUUGUUGGGUGUCGGUAUUUAAUCAAUGAUCACGGUAUAUGAUGCGGCCUCUAGCGGUAGAAAUCAUGGUAUAUUUUAGGUAACUAGUCGGUAACCACUGCGGUCUAUACGGAAAAUCGUUAUCACAAAUUGCUAGUUUCACAGUUCACACACGCUUGUCCGUCGCAUUCAACACACAUGUAAUACAUCUAUCCACUAUUAAUUAUUCAAAUUUCAACUUUAUUCUAUUUUGAUUUUGACCCGUUGGUUGUCGAGUAUUUUUGUUUCAUACUUAUCUGAUUACACCAGUCAGUAUCACACUUGUCUAUGGUCAGUAGUCUAUCCAUUGAUUCCGAAUUCCGUAACAUCUUCGGUCAAAUGUGUUUGUCGAAAUCAGCCUAAAUGGCCGAUCGUCUGACUCAACUCCAAGACAUCGUUAACCAGCAAGCGGAUCAUUUCUGCAACAGCAUUGGAAUUUUGCAACAGUGUGCUGUUCCAUCCAAGUUUUCAAAUUUUGACCGUAACGGAUCUCAAACUCCUCAACAACAAGAAGAUUACACAAGUCUAUUUUCUUCGCUUAUUACUCGUUGCGCCAAAGAUAUUGAUGCGUUAAUUGAAUCGUUACCCAACGACGACACGUCCACAGAAUUGCAAGUAGCGAGUCUGAGAAGAUUAGAGCAAGAAAAUCAAGUAGCUGCUGAACGGUUGGAAGAAGUCGUACGCAAAGGAGAACAUCUUUUAGAACAGAUACAGGCCGCUCUUUCUGAUAUUGCACAACAGCAAUUAGACAUUCAACAGAGUAACGAUAAUAACGCUUCAUAG